AUAAGUUUUUAUUUUAAAAAUGUCGGUAAAACAGACAGCUCUAGGAUCUCGGCGUUGCGGAUAAUAUGCCGAUAGGAGUUGCGUCGAGUUUUCGCCAGCGACCGCACGAUGACAUCACCGACCCAUUUCUCAUUGACGAUAAACAUUUUGCGCUAGCGGUUUUAUAACGUGAAAUAAUAGGAAGUCAUAAUUGGCGUUAUAACUCGCGCCGAAAUUACACGAGAGAAGCAAUAAGAGAAAACAGAUACAGUUUUUUCGUUUUUCUCUACUGUCGUGUAGCGCCGCAGGUGAAGUGGCAACAUAUAUUAUGUUAUAAUGUAAGAAGCAGAAUGCCGAGUGUCGGUCGGUGCGGUUCCUCUCGCGCGAAUCCAGUUUACACCCCGCGGCGUCGCACCCUCCCCACUCCCGCAUUCUCCUCACGCUCUCUUUUCCCACUCCCUUUCUCGCCCAACUCCCGCGCAGUGCUGCCAGACCCCCCGCCAUGGGUCAAGCCGCGCAUGUGUAAUGGAUGGCAAAUACAGUUAUGUGUAUUAUGGGCGCUUAAUUUUGGCGGGCCCAGUACUCUCAGUACAGAGGAUAUCUCAGUAGUAUUUUUGCCAAAUAAAAUAUUUUUCUUAAUUACAGAAAAAUGUGUAUUUUUUAUCAUUAUGUGAACAUUCUACUCUCUACUUAUCCACGCACACCUGAGUGUGUAGUCACAAGAGUCUACAGAUUUGUGAUACGUUACUGUAUUUUAACUCGUAAGCGCAUGCGUCGGCCUACCGUGCCGGGCAACCCGGCAAAAUCUGGCAGCUCUGCUCCCGCGACUCCGGAUCGGUGAUGGCCAAGGCGUACCGUUAACUCACGCGUCUCUCUCCUACUAUCCAUUGAUGCCUCCGCCGUCGCGUAACUCGUGCGUGCUCUCCUAUACGUGCAUCCCGCAUCGCGCGCGUACUACAAGGACGCGCGUCCUCCUCGCUUGCUGCUGCUGCUGCUGCUCCGUGCCGCGAGUCGUCCGGGACGGGACGAGGCGGGCCGCGCCGUGCAAAACCGCCGGCCGCAGGAGCAGGACUGUCAACGCUGGAAGGUUAGAUUCGUGCAAAUGAAGGACGUUAGAUGAGGAAGUUUACGAGGCUGCCUGAAUUCUGUGUGCAGACUCCUCAGAAUGGUGGGUAGCAUGCCCAGCGGAUGGAUGAGGAGGAUUCUCCUCUUCCUCGUCCUGAUGACCGGUGUCCUGCUGAUCGCCAUGUAUGCUCACGCUCCGCCACUCGCAUCGCUUCAGCCUUUCGCGACGCGACGAAGACUAGAGGACUUGCAGCGUGGCUUGGUUAAUUACCUGGUGGGUAAUGAAACCACGAUUGGACCCGGAGAACGGCUCUACGAGUAUCUGGAAGGGCCUAGGACAUUUCAAAGUCCGUGGUCCUGGGCGUGUGUGGCGAAUCGAUGCGAGAGACGAGCGGUAAGGUCUUCGAGGACAUCCUUGGCGACUUGCACCGCGCAUUGCGGAGGGAACACUCGACUGCUGUGGCCCAGACCGACCGAGAACGUCAUCCUCGGCGAUGACAGUGUUAUCUUGCAUCUUCAGCAGAUCGAGUUUGUCACUGUAAAUACAAGCGAUCAGGAGACGAAAGAUCUGCUAGAGCAUGCGAAGGAUGUUUUCAUCGGGAACAUCAGGAGUCUGGUCAAGGUGUUGAAUGCCAAAAGUCGAUCAGGUAUCGAUUCGUUCAUCGUGUACCUGAGCGCCGGCAGCGCGCGAAGCACCACCUUGACUCUGGACACCGACGAGUCAUAUAAGUUGGAGCUCGCGCCAAGGGGGAAAGUUUUAGAGGCUAGAAUCACGGGGAGGAGCUACUUCGGGGUGCGGCAUGGCCUCGAGACCCUCAGCCAGCUGAUCUGGUGGGACGAGGCCGCCGGCAAACAGGGUGCUCUUCGUGUCCUCACACAGGCCACCAUCGAGGACAAACCUGCGUUCCCUUAUCGCGGUCUUCUCGUCGACACCGGCCGACAAUUUUUUCCCGUCGAGGAACUCAAGCGGGUUAUUGACGGUAUGGCAGCCACGAAGCUCAACACGUUGCAUUGGCACCUCACCGACUCGCAGAGUUUUCCGUUCGAUUCGACGCAGUUCCCGGAGAUGGCGAGAUGGGGUGCCUACAGCGGCGAUCACAUCUACACGCCCGAUGACAUAAAGGAUCUAGCCGAUUACGCGAGGAUACGCGGCGUCAGAAUCGUUGUUGAGAUCGAUUCUCCGGCCCACGCUGGCGCUGGAUGGCAAUGGGGUGCAGAACACGGUUUCGGUGAGCUGGCUUUGUGUGUGGAUCAGCAGCCGUGGUCGUCGUACUGUGGCGAGCCAAAUUGCGGCCAGUUAAACCCUAUAAAUGAACACUCGUAUCGGAUACUUGAAGGCUUGUACCGGGAACUAUUGGAUCUCACUGAAGUACGCGAUUUGGUGCAUCUUGGCGGUGAUGAAGUAAAUCUCGAAUGUUGGGCACAAUACGGCAACAUCACCCUGGCCAUGCAGGCGCAAAACAUGACGGAUCAUCACGCACUUUGGGCGGAAUUCGAAACAAAGAUGCUACAGCGACUGAUUCGGGCGAAUCGCGACAAGGUGCCGAAGGCGGUUAUCCUGUGGAGCUCACCAUUAACCAAGAGGCCUUACAUUACGAUGUAUUUCGAUCAGAAGAUCCACGUAAUACAAUCCUGGGGUGGCAGCAACUGGCCGGAAACGCCGGACCUGCUGGAGGAUGGCUUCCGGGUGAUUCUGUCGCAUGUUGACGCUUGGUACCUGGACUGCGGCUUUGGUAGAUGGCGAGAGAGCGGUGAAGCCGCGUGCGGCGAAUACCGCACCUGGCAGACUGUUUACAAUCACCGUCCAUGGAAAGACUAUCUACCGCAGCAGUUACCUUUAGUGCUUGGUGGUGAGGCAGCGAUCUGGAGCGAGCAGACUGGACAAUCGUCCUUAGGACCUCGACUAUGGCCCAGGGCGUCAGCAUUCGCUGAACGAUUGUGGAGUGAUCUGCCAACGAACAGUUACUCCACGGAUGAAAAUGUUUAUACUAGACUAGCCAUGCACAUUGAAGUUUUGAACAGCAGAGGUAUUAAGACGGAAUCUAUGUGGCCGCAAUGGUGUUCUCAGAACCCCGGAAAAUGUCUCUGACCGAUCGUUAGAGAUUUGAUAACUGUAAUAACUAACCAGCAGUCGUUCCACGAGUAUUGUACUUGCGACGAUGAUAAACGUGUAAAAACAGGGCGUCACACGAAACGACGACGUCGAUCGCAAACUCUGUUGGUCGAAAUCGAUCUCAUUCAACGCGUAAUGACAACACAUACUCGUGAUCCAUGGGACCUUUCGAUGAUGCACAUCCUGCCGACGAAACUGACAAUCGUUCCUGCUCGAUAAGUUACUUGACGACUCUUCCGCUCGUGAGAAACGAAUGCCGAAGUUUUCGAGCCGUUCCGUGACCAACAUCGAUAUAGCGAAUAACCAUGAAGUCUCUCUACGUAUGUAAUGUAUAAGCAAACACGAUAAAGCGAGAUUACGCAAGCGAUGGCGGAUAAGUCGUAAUUUUAAACCAAUACGCAUGACUGAAUGACGUAGAACAAAUAAACCUCUUAUGAAGAGGUUUAAAGUCAAUCUUUACGCAAGCUUAGUUUUAUAAGCGUUUGCUUAACAAAUUAAAUGAUUGUAAUCAGGUGAAACCAUGAAAAUUUUAUCGAUGUUUUUGCGAUGUUUUUGUAAUUAUCGUGCAUAGGAUCGUUUGAAGUCCAAACUGUAUGUCGCAGAUCAUGAAUGUCGCGGAUUUAAUUUCUCUCUCGAUAUUUAAAAAUAUCGCUGCUUUAAGAGUAAGUUUGAUGUCGGAGAAAAAUGUGACGUUUGUGAAUUAUUGCAACGAAGUUAAUAUUAUGACGUUAUCCGUUAAACUGUUUUUUGAUCUCAAUCUCUGCUGCGUUAAAGUACAAAAAUAAAUCCUUUCAAAGAUGUUUUUUUCCAACGCAAUAUUUGCUUUUCAACAAAUGUCAAGAUUUGUCCUUUUUCAUUUGUCGAUUUGACGACGUUAGAAUUCGGAACAGUAUUUUGUUAUAUAUUAAUAAUUUAAUCGCAUUAUAUUGCAUGAUAAUGCAUGAUUGAGAUAAAUUGGGACAAUUGCACAUCGUGUUCUAAUAUCGAGAGAUGACAAGGCACCGUCUCGUCGAUCGAGACUCAAUUAGAGUCCUAGCGAGCCUUAAUCAGCGAAUGAGAGAAAGUACGACGAUACGUACGCGCAAUGCGCAGGAAACUUAUCAUUGCAUGAUCUUCGGAUUCACGAUUAAUCGGAGGAUACUGAGGCUGUCACGAUCGUAGACUAGCUUUAUCACCGGAAUGCCUCGGCCAGAGGCAAUUUUGUAGCGCGUAAUUUAGCUUUUUAACGAUUGAGAUUACAUUACUGAAAGUAUAAGUAACAAGUAACGAAAAAAGCAUGUAUGUAUGUGUAAGAGUGCGGCAAUGUAGUGUGAUUCUAAUGUUUUGACGUAAAUGUCGAUCGAGUGAUUGCGAUUGAUUUAUUAUCGCGUAUGAUGAAAAUGCUUGAUAUCAGAGAGCUUGAGAUUCGCUGAUUCGUCGGCGCGUAACGCUAAUCGAAUUUCUACUUAUCGUCAACAUAAAAAUCCUCAGGGCAGAGUGACAUAAUCGUCGGACGUUUCUUACACGCGCGGAGGAUGAAAGAUACGUUCGAAGACCUCUUAAUUACUCACUAAAAAUUUUAUCUAUUAAGUUUAAAAAAUUAUAUUUAACAUUAUUGUAUUAUUUAUUGAGUGGAUAUUAAUUUGCAGACAUGACCAGUUUAAAACGAUCAAUAUAUUGUACGCAGUACCGCAUUAAUAUGAUUGGGAUUGAAGGCCGAAAUAUUUUAAAUCUUUUUUAAAAUGUAAUAUCAUUUGAGUAACUUUUUUCAGGAGUUAUAUUAGAUGAAAAAUUGUUAAAAUUAUUAUUAUUUAUAUUUUAUAAUCCUACUUUCUUAUCAAAUAUGCACCAAAAUUUGACACAAUUCAUGAACUUACAAAAUUGAUUUUUCGAGAUCUCUUCUUUCUUGUUUAAAAAAAAAUCUUAUUUAUGUUAAAUUUAAUUUUUUAGAUAUAAAUUUUUUUUAAAUAUUUUUAAAUUUUUAGAAAUGUUUUUUAAUGCUUAAUAAAAAAAUUUCUAAAAUUUUUUCCCUGGGUUAUAGCUUACUCAGCCAUCCAUUAAUACGACCGCGGCAUUAAUCAUAUAACACUUGUUUCUAAAACAAAAAGAAGAAAUAUUAUAAUUUUGUUUUGAUAAAUAAGAGGAAUAUACUUUGUACUGUUUUUUUCAUCUGAUAAUUGUCGAAAUUUUAUUAUUAUAUCGUAAUUUCAUAUUGUAAGUCCCGUGCUCAAAAAUGACAUCCGUAUCACCACGACGAAAAAUUUGACUGAUAGAAACUACGAAAAAAAAACUUGCCCAAUUAUACCAAGUAAUUCUAAUAGGCACGCGAUUAUCUGAACGAUGCGAGUAAUUACAAUUGAGAGGUGACCAUAGAAAUUCACUCCCUUAAUCCCUGUACAAUCCGUGGCCUAUGAAUAUUUAAAAAAAUGAGUGAUUCUUCGAAAAUUUGUACAUACUUUGUAAUGACGUAGGGAACAACUUAUAACAUAUAGAUAGGCGUGUAGAUAGAGACAACUAGCUAAGGUGAAUCAAUAGACAGUUAUAUUUAGAUGAAUAAGUAGACAAAGGCAAAUAGGCGAACUGUUCAUGGGACAAUGAGAGACGAGGAAUGUAAUGCGAGAAAAGAAGGAAUUCUAGAAGAAGAAACGUUGAGAUCUGUGUACUUACCGAUACUUACCGAUAUCAAUGGCUGUAAGAGGAGCUAAUUCUUUUGUGCGUUUGUAAAUACAAGAUUAUCAGAGCCGUGCAAAAAAGGGCGUACAGCGUAUGUACCGCAACAGGAGAACCCCGAGUGUUAAGGGGCCCUGAAAUUUUGAUUAAGAUAUAAUUUUUUCUAUCUAAAUUAAUGCUUAAUAAUUAUUUAUAAUUCAUAAAGUAGUUAGGCGAAUCGAUAGACACUUAUAUUUAGAUGAAUAAGUGGACAAAGACAAAUAGGCAAAUAGCUAAUAAUUUACAUUGAAUUAAAUUAAUUGCAUUUAAUGAAAUCUUUAUUGUCAUACUUAGUUUUUUAUAAUAGUUUUCUGUAAUUUGGCAAUAAUUUCCUGUCAAUUUCUUGCCUGAUAAGUCAUUAUUAAUUAUAUUGAUAUAUUGAUAUUAUUUAAGUUUUUUGCUUUUAAGGUUUUUGUUCAAUGAUAGAGAAAAAUUAGAGAACAAUGAUAUGUUUUUUUAUAUUACUUUUUAUUUUUUAGUUCUUUAACUACGAAAAGUGUAUGUAUAUCAAGAAAGUUAUAUAAUGUACGUCCCAAGAAAAUAAAUACUUAUUUACGAAGAGAAUAUACACACACAUAAA